AUGCGCAGUGCGCGGCCUCGGUGGCGGCAGAGUGGAGCCUUUUGUUUGGAGGCGCCACAUUUUUAGAACCGAACCGAAUAGGGCGAGAGGAGGCGCAGCCGGUCCCCGCCGAUACCUCCGUGCAGCACCCGGCCGAGGCUUCCUACCGGCCCCUACCCAACACAGGCCUGAGAGCCGGGAGCAUUGUGGUGCACAGAGGCCCACUAAACCAGGAAACUGGCGACCGCUACAGGAAAGAAGCAAAACAAAAAGAAGAUGGAAGAAGUAGCAGAUGAAGAGGAGGAGGAAUACGUGGUGGAGAAAGUCUUGGAUCGGCGGGUUGUUAAAGGAAAAGUUGAAUAUCUGCUGAAGUGGAAAGGUUUCUCAAAUGAGGACAACACAUGGGAGCCCGAAGAGAACCUGGACUGUCCGGAUCUGAUAGCCGAGUUCCUGCAAUCGCAAAAAACUGCACAGGAGGCAGAGAAGUCGGAUGGAAAACGCAAAGCGGACUCAGACACUGAACAUCCUGUGGGUGAAGAGAGCAAGCCCAAGAAGAAGAAGGAAGAGGCUGAAAAGCCCCGUGGAUUUGCUAGGGGUUUAGAGCCAGAAAGGAUCAUUGGAGCCACAGACUCAAGUGGAGAGUUAAUGUUCCUGAUGAAAUGGAAAAGCUCAGAUGAAGCCGAUCUUGUCCCAGCAAAAGAAGCUAAUUUGAAGUGUCCCCAGGUGGUGAUCUCGUUCUAUGAGGAGCGACUCACGUGGCAUUCAUACCCAACAGAAGACGAUGACAAAAAGGAAGACAAAAGCUAAAUGCCACAUACAGCUAUUGCUACAAUUGAUGGAUGGUGGGUCAUUCAUCAGCCCGGGGAGGGGGAUGUGAGAAUGUCUGCAGGAUUCAGUAUUUCUUGCAUAGAUGAAGGUGUUUUUCAGGAGUGUAGCCCAGGAGACACUGCACCCUAGACAUUUCUCCUGCUCUUUCCCUCUAGUGUUACAAACUCUGCAUUUUUACUGAGUAGCAUGUUUUGUUUGGCUGUUAGUGAUGUUUGUUAAA